AGCCUCCCAAUUCCAAACCGUCUUCUUCUCCCCCUUCGCUUUCCUCCUACUCUUCGCUACCUCCACCUCCACUGCCACCUCCACCUCCGGCACCCACCCACCGCUGCCGCCGCCACCAGCAGCGCCUCCUUCUCUCCUCCUCCUCCUCCCCUCUUCUCUCUUUUUGGCAGCCGCUGGACGUCCGGUGUUGAUGGUGGCAGCGGCGGCAGCCUAAGCAGCAGCAGCCCUCGCCGCACGCCAGCUCUCGCCCACCCCGCCUCAUUCUCCAGCCCUACCUCGCAAUCUCCUGAAAGGUGCUGGGCAGAUUCGGGGCGGCUGAGGCGAAGCGGCUGCAGCGGCGGUAGGAGCGGCGGCGGCGGCAGCGGUAGCGGCGGCGGCGGCGGCGGGAGGCAGGAUGAGCGCACGCGGUGAAGGCGCCGGGCAGCCGUCCACUUCAGCCCAGGGACAACCUGCCGCCCCGGCGCCUCAGAAGAGAGGACGCGGCCGACCCAGGAAGCAGCAGCAAGAGCCAACCGGUGAGCCCUCUCCUAAGAGACCCAGGGGAAGACCCAAAGGCAGCAAAAACAAGAGUCCCUCCAAAGCAGCUCAGAAGAAAGCAGAAGCCACUGGAGAAAAACGGCCAAGAGGCAGACCUAGGAAAUGGCCACAACAAGUCGUUCAGAAGAAGCCUGCUCAGGAGGAGACUGAAGAGACAUCCUCACAAGAGUCUGCGGAAGAGGAUUAGGGAGCGCCAACAUUCAAUUUCUACCUCAGCAGCAGUUGAAUCUUUUGAAGGGAGAAGACACUGCAGUGACCACUUACUCUCUAUCGCCAUGGUCUUUCCACUUUCAUUGGGGUUUGAGGGGAGGGGUGGGGCGGGGGAGGGGCGGGGGUGGGGCGGGAGAAGUCACGUAACCUUAAAAAGGACUAUAUUAAUCACCUUCUUUGUAAUCCCUUCACAGUCCCAGGUUUAGUGAAAAACUGCUGUAAACACAGGGGACACAGUUUAACAAUGCAACUUUUAAUUACUGUUUUCUUCUUCCUUAACCUACUAAUAGUUUGUGGAUCUGAUAAGCCGGAGUGGGUGGGUGAGAAAAACUCUGAAUCGGGUUUAGUCAAUCACUGCACUGCAUCCAAACCAGAAACGUGUCACCCGCGUGUGUGACGUUGGGCAUUUCUCUAGGAAAGGCGGGGUGUGGAACGCUGUCCGCCUCCGCCCCGCCCCCCCCCCCCCCCGCCCGCUCCAGUAGCGCAGCUUCUGUUUAGAACACCAAAGAUAGGACUAGCUACUACUCCUCUCUUUUUCGUAUAAUCUUGUAGACACUUACUUGAUGAUUUUUUUUUAACUUGUAUUUCUAAAUGAGACGAAAUGCUGAUGUAUCCUUUCAUCCAGCUAACAAACCAGAAAAGGUGAUGUUCACUUUUCAAAAAGGGAAGGAAGCAAACUGAGAUUGCCAACUCCUUUAUUUAUGGAUGCCACACAUAUCAGCAGGAGUAAUAAAUUUACUCAUGGCCCUCUUUUUCUUCUUCUUCUUCUUCUUCUUCUUCUCUCUUUUUAUUUUUUUUCUUCCAGGAACACUCAUCUGGGUAGAAUCUACUUCCUACAGAGCCAAAUGCCAUUUAGCAAUAAAUCAUACUUGUCAGCCUCAACGCAUUUUAAGGAACCUAGACAAGUAAAAUUAUCCUCUUUGUGAUUUAAUGAAAAGGUCCAACAGGAUAAUGCAUGAUGAACUCACCUGGAUUAUGAGGUGGGAGGAGCGAAAUCUAAAUUUCUUUUGCUAGAGAUACACUACAGUUUAAAGAACUACCACAACAAAAACACAGGCUCUCUGUCUCUCUCUGUCUCUCUCUCUCUCCAUUGUGUAUCAGUUUCCGUGAAAGACCUAAAUACCACUUACCUCAAAUGAAGCUUAUGUGUUACUUCAAGUAAUACAUUUUGACAUAGGGUGGUUGGCUGAGGUGUUUGACUUUGACUUCAGCUCACCAUCUCUUCAUUCAAACUGCACUUUUAGCCAGAGAUGCAAUACAUCCCCACUGCUCAAUACUACCUCUGAAUAUUACAAUGAAUUUACAGUUUAGUACUUUUUACAUGCUGCUAUACACAAGCAAUGCAAGAAAAAACACAUAAUGGGUAGGCGACGCUGCUCGCCUACGGUCCUUUUUGUACACUUAAUUACAGUUAAAGAAGCAGUCUCCUUACUUACUGUGUUUCAGCAUGGCUAUGUAUUUUUCUAUGGGUUUUUUUUUUAUUAUUAAAAUUUUACAAAUACUUGUUUCAGCUUCUCUGCUAGAUUUUCUACAUUAACUUGAAUAUUUUUUGUUAACCGAGUCGCUCCUAGGUUCUUAAGGAUCAUUGUCCUCCAUCACACUACACAUCACACAAAAUUUGACUGUUAUGUUUAAAUGUUACCCUCCAAGUUUGUACCUCACAUGACUUGUUUAAGGAAAUGGACUAAUUGACUUGCAAAUACCUACCUCCAGACUUCAAAAGGAAUGAACUUGUUUCUCGCAGCCUUCAUUUUUGUCAAUGUUUGAAAUAGUUCAGACUGCAGCUAGCCCGCAUCAAAACUAUUUUUGUAAAAGGCUUUUGAUAGAAAGGAACAUGUUUUUACAUACUUUUUGCAAAUGAAUAAAGAACAUAAAGCCAACCUUCAAAGAAACUUGAAGCUUUGUAGGUGAGAUGCAACAAGCUCAGCUUUUGCAUGAUGCAAUCAAAAAUGUGUGUUUUGAAGAUUAGUUGAAUAUGAGAAAAUGCUUGACAAAUAUUUUCAUGUACUUUACACAAAUGUGAUUUUUGUAAUAUGUCUCAACCAGAUUUAUUUUAAACGCUUCUUAUGUAGAGUUUUUAUUCCUUUCUCUCCUAGUGAGUGUGCUGACUUUUUAACAUGGUAUUAUCAACUGGGCCAAGAGGUAGCUUCUCAUGACCGCUUGUGUCAGUCUGGCUUGUAGUUCUGAUGCCAAAUGAAACUCAAAACCAUCUCUCUUCCAGCCGCUUCAGGGAGGUAGUUUCAAAGGCCACAUGCCUCUCUGAGACUGGCGGAUCGCUCACUGUUAUGAAUCACCAAAGGAGCUAUGGAGAGAAUUAAAACUCAACCUUACUGUUAACUGUGCAUUAAAUAAGCAAACAAACAGUGCCUCAUAAAAAUGAAAGUCCCAUUCCAUAGCUUGGCUUGGGCACUUUUGAAACCUCACUGGCCAGCUCAUAAAACUGCAGCAGUUGCUCUUGUUGUACAAACUCGGAGCACCCAGCAGUUUCCAUCUCUGAUGAAGUUACUCUUUUGUUUCCUAUACGUUGUACAAUCAAAACACACUACUACCUCUUAAGCCCCAGUAUACCUCAUUUUUCAUACUGAAAAAAAAAGCUUGUGGCCAAUGGAACAGUAAGAACAUCAUAAAAUUUUUAUAUAUAUAGUUUAUUUUUGUGGGAGAUAAAUUUUAUAGGACUGUUCUUUGCUGUUGUUGGUCUCAGCUAAGUAAGACUGGACAUUUAACUUUUCUACCAUUUCUGCAAGUUAGGUAUGUUUGCAGGAGAAAAGUAUCAAGACGUUUAACUGCAGUUGACUUUCCCCCUGUUUUCUUUGAGUGUCUUCUAACUUUGUUCUUCAUGUAGAGUUGCUGUCUAUGAUUGUACUUUGAAUCGCUUGCUUGUUGAAAAUAUUUCUCUAGUGGAUUAUCACUGUCUGUUCUGCACAAUAAACAUAACAGCCUCUGUGAUCCCCAUGUGUUUUGAUUCCUACUCUUUGUCAUGACGCCA